AUGAAUAAAAAUGAGAAGAAAUCCGAAGAAGUUGUCUUGGAAAAUAAUUUAAGUGAACUCGACAUUGUUGUUUCGGACGACAAACAAAAUGUAGAUGAUAUUUUUUUGCACCAAAGAACAGUACAUGAAGGUCGCAAAGAUUACGGAUGUGACAAAUGUGAUAAGAAAUUUGGACGUAAAUGGCUUUUGCUUUCCCACCAGAAAACAGUACACGAGGGUCAAAAAGAUUACUUGUGCGAAAUAUGCAAGAAGAAAUUUGGUUAUAAACAGUAUUUGUUCUCCCACCAAAAAGCAGUCCACGAAGGUUGCAAAGAUUACGAAUGCAACAAUUGCGAGAUGAAAUUUGGACAAAGGUCAGCUCUGUUAAGACACCAAAGAACAGUACACGAAGGACGUAAAAAUUAUGCAUGCGACAUUUGUGAAAAGAAAUUCGGGGAAACAAGUAAUUUGAAACAACACCAAAAAGCAGUCCAUGAAAGUCGCAAAGAUUACGCAUGCAAUAAGUGUGAAAAGAAAUUUGGGAAUCGAAGCAAUUUUAACAAACACCAAAAGGCAGUACAUGAAGGUCGAAAAGAUUUCGCAUGCGACAAGUGCGAAAAAAAAUUUGGACGAAAGUCGCAUUUGCUACAAUACAUGAAGGUCGCAUAG